GGGUGAUAACAAAUUCCAGUGUCAUUUCCUUACAAAAAAAUUGUGAGAUUUUCAGAACUGAGAAACAGAUGCGAAACUGAGCUUUAAACAUGGCCAUCAAACGUGAGUUUGAUAGCAUCAUCACCAUGAAAACAAUCGCCAUGGCUACUCGGAGGAGAAGAAGAAAAGAAAUGUUCCUACAUAGAGACGAGACUAGACACCGUGAUGAUGAAACAACCACUCUAUACACGCCUCAGGGUAUAUAGGUUGGUGAGUCGAGAGACGAUUUUGUUUUAACUUCCAUCAAAACGUAAGUCAUUCAUGAGUUCCAGUCCUUCUUCCUACUCUAGAAAACUGGUUGAACUGCCCUCAGAGCCACGCCCCUGUACCUACCCCUCUGCCUCCAGUUGCCCCACCCGUCACUACAGCCAAUAUCUGCUCGUCAACUUUGUAGAACAACUCCAGCUUGCACCAUGAGCGACAAGGAAGCCAUCUUGAAGCGGAAGCCGUCAGACGAGCAGGAAACAGACGGAACAAAGAAGUCCAAGCUCUCGUUUAACAUCGGACUCAAGAAGUCUCCAGCAGUUGCAACAGAAAACAAGACCUUCAACGCGAAGCCAUUGAUCAAGCCAAAGAUUAGAAUAGCUCCCGUUUCCAUCAAACUUGGAGCAUCGAAACCAAAGGAGCCAGAGAAGAAGAUCUUGAAACCAAGCGGAACAGCAGCCAAAGCCUUUGCAGAUGAAAGUGAUGAAGAUGAAGAGGACAUGCCUCCUGAAGCUAAGAUGAGGAUGAAGAACAUGGGACGGGACACGCCCACGUCGGCAGGACCCAACUCCUUCAACAAGGGCAAGAUGGGAUUCAGCAGCCCCUCCGCCAAAUGGAAGACGCCCCGCCUCAAGAGCAACGCCGAGCACCCUCUCGAAGAGCACGAGGUGGAGGACACGUCAUAGCAUCGAUCGGAAAUGGAGGUUUAUUACAAGACGUGUAUUAUAUUAAUGUACAGAGAG